AUGUCUGACGCAGAUGUCUCUUCCGCUGGCGUCACCACGACCGCCGACCACAGCACUCCCGAUGGUGUUGUCAAUGGAACUCUAGGAAAACAACCCGGAGAGAUUACAACCCUCGACGAGCAACACGACGACGAAGAGGAAGAGGAAAGUGAUGACUAUGACGAGAAUGACGAGGCGGACUAUGAGGAAGAACGGCAAAUCGUCGGAGAUGAAGAUGAUGACGAGGAAGAGGAGGAUGAGGAAGGGGGAGACGAACCACAGGGACAAAACAACCUGACCCAUCUCCUUCUCGGCAAUCCCAAUGCCCCCGUUGAAGGGGACGAUGUCGGAGACGAGGAGGACGAUGAAGAAGAGGACGAUGAUGAUGAGUAUGUCGAGGAGAACGACGAGGCACCCGCACCGAGCACCAAGAAGCGCAAUUUUGAGGAGGUCGCCGAUGAUGAUGAUUCUCAAGGAGCCAAGAAAGCGAAAGCCUAG